AUGUUAAAGAAACUCGUCAUGCUACAGAAACUCGUCAUGCUACAGAGACUCGUCAUGCUACAGAAACUCGUCAUGCUACAGAAACUCGUCAUGCUACAGACACUCGUCAUGCUAAAGAAACUCGUCAUGCUAAAGAAACUCGUCAUGCUAAAGAAACUCGUCAUGUUAAAGAAACUCGUCAUGCUACAGAAACUCGUCAUGCUACAGAAACUCGUCAUGCUACAGAAACUCGUCAUGCUAAAGAAACUCGUCAGCUACAGAGACUCGUCAUGCUAA